AUGGUCGAUGAAAAUGCACUGAGUGGUGCAGCAACAGAUGCGUUUCAACAAAUCAUUGUAAGUUCGACUUCAAUUGACAAAAACGCCGGUAAAUAUAAGGUUCAACAAUCCAGAAGACAGCAGAGGGAGGGGACAGAAAAGGGUAUGAAGGUUGCGAAGCGUUUCAAGAAAACAAAAUCAGUUCCGAAGAACAUGGUAGCAUGUCGCCAUUUCAGCACGGCCAAGAUGGAGUGA